AUGCCGUCAACUUUCAACACCUUAGAACGAGAAAAUUUAUUCCUUAAUCCAAGUUCAGAUAAAUUUGGUUAUCCAGAAUUACAAAAAUUGGUCAAACCUCAUAUUGAAUCAUUUAAUUCCUUACUUGAGCCUGCUGGUAAAGGAAUCUUACACCUUGCUAUUGAUGAUAUUGGCGCGCAGGAGAUUUUUGACGUUCCUAAAAAUAGCUCCGAAAGUGGAAAUAAACUUACAAUAUGGAUUGACGAUGUAAUGAUUGCAAAACCACUUUUGUCUGAAAAUGUUCGUCUCGCAAAAUCGAGGCAAAUUUAUCCCACCGAGUGUCGAGAAAGGUUGACCACGUAUGCAGGGAAAAUGACCGCGAAAUUUUGUUGGCAAGUUAACGAUGGCCCCGUUAAUGUGGAAGCCAAAUAUAUGGGUAUGAUACCCGUUAUGGUUAAAUCAAAUAGGUGUAAUCUAUAUAACCUGUAUUCGCGACAACUUAUACAACAUCAUGAAGAAUCCGAAGAAAUGGGCGGAUAUUUCAUAGUGAAUGGUAUAGAAAAGAUUAUUCGUCUCCUAUUAAUUCCAAGACGUAAUCAUAUGAUGGCUCUUAUACGUCCAUCGUUUGCCAAUCGUGGUGAAGAUUAUACGGAGUAUGGUGUACAAAUCCGUUGCGCAAAACUUGAUCAAUCAACCGUAACAAAUACCUUACAUUAUUUGAAAAACGGUAGUUGUAUGAUACGGUUUAGUUGGAAAAAACAGGAAUUUAUGGUUCCUGUCAUAUUGGUUAUGAAGUCUCUUGUUGAAGUUUCGGAUAAGGGAAUAUAUGAUAUGUUGGUCCAAGGAGAACAUACCAACACAUUUUUAACGGAUCGCGUGGAACUUAUGCUUCACAAUUUUAAAUUAUUUAGCGUUCAAUCACGAGAGCAAUGCACAUCUUUACUAGGUGAAAAGUUUCGUAUCACAUUCUCUCCACCAACAUAUUAUACUAAUAAACAAGUGGGGGAUCUCAUCUUGAAUAAAGUCAUUCUGGUUCACCUUAGGUCGAAGAAGGAUAAGUUUAAUCUCUUUGCGUUCAUGAUCCGUAAGCUAUACUCAUUAGUUGCAGGGGAAUGUUGUCAAGAUAAUCCAGAUUCCCAACAGAAUCAGGAAAUCCUUUUAGGAGGUUAUCUUUACGGAAUGAUUAUAAAAGAGAAACUAUUUGAUGUUCUUAAUGGAUUUCGUACUAUCGUAUCUAUGGAUAUCAAUGCAAAAAGAAAAGUGAAUUUUAACGAAACAAAGUACAUGAAUCACCUUUUCGCAAAGGUCAAUCAUGAUAUUGGACAAAAGUUGUCUUAUUUUCUUGCCACCGGAAACCUUGUUUCAAAUACCGGAUUGGAUUUAAUGCAGACCACUGGAUACACGAUUGUUGCGGAGAAACUUAAUUUUUAUCGUUUUAUUUCACACUUCCGAUGUGUACAUCGUGGAUCAUUCUUCACCACAUUAAAGACGACCACUGUCAGAAAAUUAUUGCCCGAAUCAUGGGGAUUCCUUUGUCCGGUUCAUACUCCGGACGGCACACCUUGUGGAUUACUUAAUCACCUUUCACACACAUGUAGAGUUGUUACGGAAAGGUUGAAAGUUGACAAGAUUCCCGAAAUUUUAGCAGAAAUAGGAGUUUCCAAGAAUGUGACAACGGAAGUAAGUUCUGAUGGUUCGUCGAUUUGCGUGCAAUUAGACGGUAAAAUAAUCGGAUGGUGUGAUGGUGAGCAAGCAAAAGCAAUAACAAAUGAGUUGAGAAAACGAAAAUUUGACAAAACAAAUCCCGUUCCUUUGGAUCUCGAGAUUGGAUACGUCCCGCCUUCUAAUGGAGGACAAUAUCCCGGAAUUUAUUUAUUCUCCUCUCCAUCACGAAUGAUGCGUCCUGUCAAGUAUCUUUUCAACAACAAAACUGAUAUGGUUGGAUCCUAUGAACAGGUAUAUAUGGAUAUCGCUUGUCUGGAUGAGGAUGUUAUCAAAGGUGUGUCAACUCAUCAAGAAUUUGCGCCGACAAAUAUAUUGAGUAUACUUGCGAAUCUUACGCCAUUUUCCGAUUACAAUCAAAGUCCUCGUAACAUGUAUCAAUGUCAGAUGGCCAAGCAAACAAUGGGUACGCCGGCUACGUCUCUAAGAUACCGAACAGACAACAAACUGUAUCGGUUGCAAACAGGUCAAACUCCAAUUGUUCGGCCUGAACUUCACAAUAUUCUUGGUCUGGAUGGGUUUCCCAAUGGCACAAAUGCAAUCGUGGCUGUAAUUUCGUACACAGGAUACGAUAUGGAAGAUGCCAUGAUUAUUAACAAGUCAUCACAUGAACGAGGAUUUGCGUAUGGUACUAUCUACAAGUCGGAGGUCGUCGAUCUCGGGGAUUAUCGAUCGCGUGGUGAACCUAUUAAAUUUCAUUUUGGUUUUGAAAAGGAUGCACCCCCAGCAUGGCGUGAAAAACUUGAUAACGAUGGUUUUCCUUUCAUUGGAAUUAAAUUGACAAAUGGUGAUCCUUUGUGCGCUUAUUACGAUGAUACAACCAAAGUUACAAAGAGUAAAAAUUAUAAAGGGCUAGAGGAUGCCUAUGUGGAGGAAAUUCGAUUAAUUGGGGAUGAUGCUGGUAAAGAUGAGGUUCAAAAGAUUCAUAUCAAACUUAGGAUCCCCCGACCUCCAGUUAUUGGUGACAAGUUUUCUUCCAGGCAUGGGCAGAAAGGUAUUCUCUCACAAUUGUGGCCUCAGAUAAAUAUGCCCUUUACUGAAAGCGGAAUGCAACCCGAUAUCAUUAUCAACCCACACGCGUUCCCUUCUCGCAUGACAAUUGGGAUGUUUGUUGAGAGCUUGGCAGGAAAGGCUGGAGCUUUAUUUGGUGUGGCGCAAGAUUGUACUCCAUUCAAAUUUAACGAAAGUGACACGGCAAUUGAUUAUUUUGGUGAGCAGCUUAGACGUGCCGGAUAUAAUUAUCAUGGCAACGAACCGUUAUACAGCGGAGUCACAGGGGAAGAAUUUAAAGCCGAUAUAUACAUUGGGGUCUGUCAUUUAUGUGCCAAAUGUGGUACUAUAUUUACGGCUUUGAUAGUUAAAGAACAUGAAACAAGGAAUGAUGUUAAAUACAAGAAGCAUCAUAUUAUAUGUAAAGUUUGCGAUACGGCGCAAUAUAUUACUUUAAUUAAAAUUCCUUUUGCUUUUAGAUACCUUGCAACAGAACUUGCAAGCAUGGGUGUCAAGAUCACACUAGAUACAAAAUAUUAA